AUGACAAAUUAAUAUAUUGACGUGAAUGAAAAGUAUGGAAAUCCAAUUAAAACAAUCUUGAAGAAUUUUUAUGCAACAGCUAAGUCUGAUCUUUCACUGUAUUACUAAUUAAUGAUAGGUUAAAACUAUCUUACUUAAAGCACUAAUUCAUUAUCCAACUUAAUAGGUUAAUAAAAUUUGACAUACUAUACUAUAAGGGAAGAUUCUAUGCAAAUAGGAGAUAUUAGUACAUCGGAUGUGUUGAUAUCAUGCCAGAUACUUCUUGAUGAUGUAAUUACUUCCACUAACUUAGAAUUAUUUACCCUUUCAGAUGCCCUUUCAAAUACUGGAGGUAUCAUUGGAAUUAUCACAAUCGUUGUUUAAGUAUUAAUUUCAAAUCUGUAAGAAUACUUGUAUUAUCAAUCAAUGAUUAAACAAUAAUUUUAAGUCACCUCUGAUUAACUAGUGAAAUAGCACAAGAAUAUAAAAAUCGGAAAAACAAACUUAGAUAAUUAAGAACUACCAACAGAGAAAAUUUAAAAUUUGUAAUAAGCUACAAAACUUGGAAGCUUAAUUAAUGACUUAAAGAAUUGA